AUGUGCAUGCUGUCAACACACCAACAUGUUCAUGUUUGUGUCUUCAAAAUAUUUUCUCAGGACUACUCCACAGACCGUCUUAAAAAGACGACAGAGAUCUUGAAGGGAAUAAAGCUGCUGAAGCUUUAUGCCUGGGAGAACAUCUUCUGUGACCGUGUAGAAGAGACCAGAGGAAAAGAGCUGACCAGUCUCAAGACUUUCUCCCUCUACACAUCAAUGUCUAUAUUUAUGAAUGUCGCCAUCCCCAUUGCUGCAGUGUUGGCGACCUUUGUCACACAUGCCUAUAUUGAAGAGGUCAGGCUCAGUCCAGCCAGGGCAUUUGCCUCUUUGGCUCUAUUCCACAUCCUGGUCACUCCACUCUUCCUGUUAUCCACGGUGGUCAGGUUUGCCGUUAAGGCCCUUGUCAGUGUACAGAAGCUCAGUGAGUUCCUGCAAAGCGAUGAGAUUGGAGAUGACAGCUGGAGAAAUGCAGAAAUGCCUCUACAGGUCGGCAGCAAAUACAAACACCAUGGGAUUACGAAGGUUGUCAACAGGAAGGGCCGUUAUCGUAUGGAUAACUACGAGCAGCCCAUGCGCAGGCAGCUGCGGCCCACAGAGACUGAAGAUGUCGCCGUACAGGUGAAUGGGGGCUACUUCACAUGGGGAAGCAACUUGUCUACGCUCUCAGACAUCAACAUCCAAAUUCCUACAGGUCAGCUGACCAUGAUUGUGGGCCAGGUGGGUUGUGGGAAAUCAUCCCUGUUAUUGGCCAUGCUGGGGGAGAUGCAGACGAUCAGGGGGAAAGUCUACUGGAGCAAUAAAAACAGGUACUCUGUGGCCUAUGCAGCGCAGAAGUCAUGGCUGCUCAACGCCACUGUAGAGGAAAACAUCACGUUUGGAAGUCCUUUCAAUAAACAGAGAUACAAAGCUGUGAUUGAUGCCUGCUCGCUUCAACCAGAUAUCGACCUCCUUCCUUUUGGAGACCAGACUGAAAUCGGAGAACGGGGAAUUAAUCUCAGUGGUGGUCAGCGACAACGGAUCUGUGUGGCCAGAGCUCUAUAUCAGAACACCAACAUUGUUUUCCUGGAUGACCCGUUCUCUGCCCUGGACAUCCACCUCAGUGAUCAUCUGAUGCAGGAGGGGAUACUGAAGUUCCUUCAGGAUGACAAACGGACAGUGGUCUUGGUCACUCAUAAGCUGCAGUACCUCAUCCAUGCUGACUGGAUAAUAGCCAUGAAAGACGGUUCAGUGCUGAGAGAGGGGACCUUAAAGGACAUCCAGACUUAUGAUGUGGAACUCUAUGAGCACUGGAAGACCCUGAUGAACAGACAAGACCAGGAGCUCGAAAAGGAGACUGAAAUGGAGAGUCAGACCAUUCUGGAGAGGAAGACUUUGAGGAGAGCUUUCUAUUCCAGAGAGGCAAAGAGCCAGACUGACGAUGAGGAUGAAGAGGAGGAGGUGGAGGAGGAUGACGAUGACAACAUGUCCACCACCACCAGCCGCCGUUCUAAGAUCCCAUGGAAGAUGUGCUGCCGUUACCUUUCCUCAGGUGGCUUCCUCAUGGUCUUCCUGAUGGUGUCGUCAAAGCUGGCCAAGCACUCGGUUAUGGUGGCCAUCGACUAUUGGCUAGCAGCUUGGACAUCCUCAAACCCGCAUAACCAAAGUAUCGCCGAUCCAUUUGUCAAUGCAACCAAUUACACAAAGAAUGAUGACGCUCAGAUCGCUGAGCAUCGCUCCUAUGUGCCAGUGUUUAUUAUCCUGUGUGGAGCUGCGAUAGCACUUUGUCUUAUCACUUCCCUAACCGUGGAGUUUCUAGGAGUGGCUGCAGCUACAAACCUCCAUCACAACCUCCUGAACAAGAUCAUUCACGCUCCCAUCAGAUUCUUUGAUGUCACCCCACUUGGACAAAUCCUGAACCGUUUCUCAGCGGACACCAACAUCAUCGAUCAGCACAUUCCCCAAACACUAGAGUCUCUCACUCGCUCCAUUCUGCUAUGUCUCUCAGCAAUCGGAGUCAUUGCUUUUGUCACCCCUGCUUUCCUUAUUGCACUGGUGCCCCUCAUGGUGGCCUUCUACUUCAUUCAGAAGUACUUUCGGGUUGCUUCCAAAGAUCUGCAAGAUCUCGAUGACUCCACUCAGCUGCCUCUUCUCUGUCAUUUCUCUGAGACUGCAGAGGGCCUCACCACCAUUCGAGCAUUCAGGCACGAGGCUCGUUUUAAGCAGCGGAUGUUGGAGCUAACAGACACCAACAACACAGCCUACCUGUUUCUCUCUGCUGCCAACCGGUGGCUGGAGGUCAGAACUGAUUAUCUGGGUGCCGUGAUUGUCCUCACUGCAUCAGUUGCAGCGAUCUGGACCUCAUCUCAGUCUGGUCUGGUUGGACUUGGUCUAACAUAUGCCCUCACUGUGACAAACUACCUGAACUGGGUGGUGAGGAAUCUGGCGGACCUGGAGGUCCAGAUGGCUGCAGUAAAGAAAGUCAACAGCUUCCUGAGCACAGAAUCUGAGAACUAUGAGGGAUCCAUGAAUGUCUCACAGGUACCGGAAGACUGGCCGCAGCAUGGUGAGAUCAAGAUACAAGAUCUGUGUGUCCGUUAUGACACCAUGCUCAAACCUGUCCUCAAACACGUCAAUGCACACAUUAACCCUGGGCAGAAGGUGGGCAUCUGUGGUAGAACAGGCAGUGGAAAGUCUUCGCUGUCUCUGGCCUUUUUCAACAUGGUGGAUGUUUUUGACGGAAAGAUCGUUAUUGAUGGCAUUGACAUCUGCAAGCUUCCACUCCAAACCCUGAGAUCCCGUCUGUCAAUCAUUCUACAGGAUCCAGUGCUGUUCAGCGGCUCCAUUCGGUUAAAUCUUGACCCCGAGUGCACUUGCACUGAUGACAGGCUUUGGGAAGCACUUGAAAUUGCCCAGUUAAAGAAUAUGGUGAAAGCACUUCCAGGGGGAUUGGACGCUGUGGUGACAGAAGGAGGGGAGAACUUCAGCGUGGGACAGAGACAGCUCUUCUGUCUUGCCCGGGCCUUUGUCCGCAAAAGCAGCAUCCUAAUUAUGGAUGAGGCGACUGCUUCUAUAGACAUGGCCACGGAAAAUAUUCUUCAGAAAGUGGUGAUGACUGCAUUUGCUGAUCGGACGGUAGUCACUAUAGCACACCUGGUUUCCUCCAUCUUGGAGGCGGAGCAGGUGCUGGUGUUUGAAUCUGGGACUCUGGUAGAAAGCGACAGUGCUCCUAACCUCUUGGCACAGGAGGACAGCCUCUUCAGCAUCUUAGUCCGGACGCACAAGUAACUGUGCUUUGCAUCCGCCCCUAGAUGACAACGCCCUGGCACAUUGCAUCGUGUCCACACUAUCCUGACAGCUGACCUAGUUAUUGUGAUGAAGCGAGGAAGCAUCAUGGAGUAUGGAAAACCUGAGAUUCUCAUGGAACAAGAGGACGGCUUAUUUGCAUCCUUCGUCAAAGCCGACAUGUAGACUCACUCAUCUACGUUACCACAUUGGUUUAUACCACUUAAGGCCUUACAUAAAAAAAAGACAGCCAUUUUUGGCAGUUGCAUCAGAAAGGACUGGACUAAACACAGACUCUGAACUGUCAUUGUUUUAUAUGAACGCUAAGUACAGUAUUAUAAAUUGUAUUUUUUAGCAUUUUGUUGCUCUUUUUCUAAGUUGAUGAUGCAUGUACUCUGAAGUGCAUAAGCAAUACGCAUUUAUCUACUGUGUUUUGAUUAGUUCCAACACUGUACAGAGCAUGUCUGUUUGGCUGAGGCCUGACACUCUUGUCUGUCUGUCUGAAGUGCAUUGCUGAUACAGAUUUAGGGAAGGAGGACAAAUAUAGCUGGCUCCCCAAAGCCUGCACCCUCACAUGCCUGUGAUGCACUCUUGACAGAAUUGAUAGCCCACGCUUUCUGGGAGUCCUGCAAUGUCCACCAGAUAAACCCUAAUGUGUUCUUCAUACCCUAGAUACAAAACUGAUUGUAUUUUAUACUUUGUACAGUAUUCAUCUAUGCUUAUUACUUAAUCAAAUAUGUAUGUAUUAAUCUAUACACUCCACAUACAUAGCCUAUAUUAUGUAAAAAAAAUAAAUAAAUAAAAACAUUAAUUUUGGAUGCAAUUAUCAGAUUUGAAAGCCCUAAUAUACACACCAUAAAAUGUUUACAUUAUAUUUUUAUGCAUAGGCUACUUUAAGCAAGUAGGCCUACAGAUUUUCAAAUACACUACAAGUUAAAAAUAAUUUCAAACCAUGUGAUUUUUCUCUCUGACGUUUUAUUAUGGGGAUGUCAAAACGAGUCUGAUGUCUUUGUACAGCCAGUCGAUAUAUUGUACACAUAACGUCCUAUGUUUCUCUCCCCAGUCUGUACCCUCAACUCAUUUUUACCUUUUAACCUUCAGCUUUCUUUAUCUGAUCGCUUUGUUUUCUGGAAGUAACAAGCAAAUAUGACCUAAACAAAAUUAUGUUGUAAGUGACUCUCUGUCCCUGCAGUAAAAUUAUGCAUUGCAUUGGUAAUCUUUCCGUUCACUGCACGCUGACUGUCCGGGCUGGAGAUCUGAUUAAUAUUUGCAGUAAGCUGUGAUGUCACACUUGAGCAGAUAUAUUCUUCAAAAUCAAAAAUCAAACUUCAUUGCGAGCCAACAGCAGCAACGUUUAAAGUGUUUCUGCAAUUACCGCUAAGCUCAGGUAUAUGCGUGUUAGUAAUGAUGGACUGACAGUUUUAUUUGUACAUAUGUAAUUAAUAUGGCAUUUGUACCUUAAGCAUUAUGGUGUAUUUUCACACAAGAAUUGAAAAUAAAAGUUGCUUUUUGUGUUUGCUUA